ACAAGGGGAAUGUUUUCAAAACCAUCUAAGCAGGAAGGAAACGACAUACUGCUCAUGAGUUCGUUUUAAUAUUAAUUAUUGAUAUUUAUUGUUGCCACUAAAGCACUCAGGUGUAUGAUCGCACAUACAGUAAAUGAAUACGCGGGAUCCGAAUCAUUCACACAGUUGGAGGGGGGACAUCCCCCUCCCACACUCUUCUCCCCCAUCGGCCCUACGCACUACGAUGAGAUCGUUGCCCCCUACUACCUUGUGCAUUAUGAGAAGACUGAUGCCUAAGUGCAGCAGCUAGUUAAGAGCUGUAAGAUGGCCAAGCCUGGGACUGACAGGGACGGCACCAUGGUAGAGAAACAAUCUGGAAGGAAGAAUAAGGAAAAGAUUUCAGCAUUCAGUAAAACUCCAAAGCUGGACCGAAGUGAACUGUUGGGGAAGGAGGUGAAGCAGAAGUCUUCCAUGAAACGCAAGCUUCCUUUUACUGUCAGUCCAACCAGAAAUGAGGAAAGAGACUCGGAUACAGAUUCAGAUCCAGGACACACAAGUGAAACCUGGGGAGAAAGAGUAAUCCCUCCUUACAGGACUUACUCAGAGAAAGAUGGACCAGACAAGAAGAAAGUCAAGAAAGAGACAGGGAGCAAGAAGUCUGCUCCAGUCAGCAUUCUGUUUGGGUAUCCACUUUCAGAACGCAAGCAGAUGGCACUUCUCAUGCAAAUGACAGCAAGAGACAACAGUCCAGACUCUACUCCUAACCACCCAUCCCAGACAACACCAGUGCAAAAGAAAAUUCCAAGUACCUCAUCCCGACAGAAGGACAAAGUGAAUAAAAGAAAUGAGAGAGGAGAGACUCCAUUGCAUAUGGCAGCGAUCCGAGGAGAUACAAAGCAAGUUAAAGAACUCAUCAGCCUUGGUGCAGAUGUAAAUGUUAAAGAUUUUGCAGGCUGGACUCCACUGCAUGAAGCGUGUAACCUGGGCUAUUAUGAUGUUGCCAAAGUCUUGAUAGCAGCAGGAGCUGAAGUGAAUACACAAGGUCUGGACGAUGAUACACCUUUGCAUGAUGCUUCGAGCAGUGGACACAGAGAUAUUGUCAAACUGCUUCUCCGCCAUGGAGGUAAUGCCUUCCAGGCCAAUAAAUGUGGAGAGAGGCCAGUGGAUGUUGCAGACACAGAAGAGCUAGAGCAGCUACUGAAAGGGGAGAUGCCUCUCUCUGAUGAUGAAGACAGCUCUUCAGAAUCUGAAGACCCACUUUCAAUAAACCCUUCCAGUGUAGAUGAUAAUAUGGAGGACUCUGAAGGUGAAAAGGACUCUGAAAAUAAACAGCUGACCCCAACCAAAGCCUCUGUAUCUGGCCUGGAUGAGUACGAGUUCAAAGACGACGAGGAAGAGGAGGACUUAAGCAAAGCACUGAACAACAGGCAUAUUCUUAGGAGAGAGCUCAGACAACGGGAGAAGGAAGAAAAAGAGAGGAGUAAUUGUAUUGCUAAGCAGGAAAGGACAGAUCAGCAAAAUGCCUUCAAGUCGAAAAAGCCAAAACCCUCCAGAGUGCUUAUCUGCAGCUCUGACAGUUCAGAUGAUGAUGAUGCACCACAGGAGAGGAAAGUCUCAUCUCCAACUUGUUCCCUUACAGCUGCAGCAGAGGAUCACAAAACCGAAAUAAGGACUAAAAAAGAGAUUAGCCUAACAACUGAGCAUAAAGAGAAGGGAAAGGGGAAGAAAAAAAUAAAAAAUCUAAGUAAAAACAAAGAGAACCAAGAACUCAAAGAAGAUGGCAAAGAAAAUACUAAAAUGACAUUGUUUUCGUCUGCAGCCGAACUGGAAACUUCAGAGUGGGCAAAAGAGGAGGAUUCUUUUAAAAUGUCAUUUAGCCCAAAGGAUGAUGCUUCAGUUCAUCUUUACCAUCUUCCAUCAGUAAAACCUCCCAAGCUUAAUCACAACAUAUCUGACAAACAAUCUGCCUCUCUAAAACAGGUGUGCUUGCCCCCAGGAGGUUCAGAAAUGUCUUCGCAGACAGGAGUUGUCCCACACGACCACUAUACAGACACAGACAACACCAUUGAAAGUUCAACCAGCAAAGGGUUUAAGCACAAAGAGAAAAGCAAGCACCACCAGAAAGAAAUUGGAGUAGAUGAGGAGGCUGAAAUCUCCAGUCCGAGAAAAGAGGAGGACCUGGGGACUUGUUUUGACAGUUCGGAGGGAGCCUUGCGAAAGACUGAUAAAGAUGGAAAAGUGAUUAAAAAGCAUAAGUUAAAACAUAAGGACAAAGGAAAAGACAAGCGCAGAAAAGAGCAUGAGGGUGGAAAGGACAAGCACAGGCACAGAGACUGUAACAAAGAAGCUCCACGGAACCUAGAAUUUGAUCGGGAGUUUUGGAAAGAGAACUUUUUCAAGAGUGACGAAAACGAUGAACUGUUGCCAGGGAAAACUGAAACCAGUGUGACGAUUUCUGCAGAAAAGCUGUCUGAGAAGUCUGUCAAAGAAAAGAGGUCUGUCAAAGAAAAAAAUCUUGGCAAAGAGAAGUCUAAAGAGGAACGAGACAAAGAUAAAUCGAAAAAGGACAAGAAAGAAAACUUUUCCAAAGAAGAAAAGGGAAAGGAUAUGAGUAAGGAGGAGGAAAGAACAGAUGACUGUGCUAUAGACAGGGAGUCUGAGGACUGUACACAUGGUGGUGUUCCUGUUAAGGAGGAACUGGCAGAGCAGCCCUUUACAGAGAAGGAAACUGAACAGCACGACUCACAGGAAAAAGGCAUUAAAGAAAGAACAGAGAAAAUGUCCCCAGUAAAGGAAAAAGAUGCAGAAAAGGUGGAUAAACAUUCUGACAAAGAGAAAAAAAUAAAAAAUGAACACCUCUUUGAUAAAACUGAAUCACACGAUUGCACAGAGAGAUGGAAAGAGAGAGAAAAAACAAGCUUCUCACAUGCACCAAAAACCCACAAGGACAGUGAAAAGCAGAAAGCUGUUCUGUCUUUAAAAAAGCCAGAAGACAACAAAAAAAACAAAGACAAGCCUGAAAAAAAGCAUGAAAAGGAAAAGACAGAAAGAGAGCGGUAUUUGGACGAAGACAAGGACAAAGAGAAAAAUACAGAAAAGAAAGGGAAGCCCAUGGAAAAGGGGAGCGAUUUAAGCAAACUAGACCGAGUGAAAGAAAAGGAGAAAGAUCAUGACCGAGAGAAAAAAAAGAAGGAAAAAAUCAAAGAUGUAACCUCUGCUUCAAACAUGAAGGUAUUUUUAGACGAGAAAAAAGGCAUUGUGAUAGAGAGCAGUAAAGUGUCACAUGAUAAAGCAUUUUCCUCAAAGGAUAAACAGAAAGAAGAUGUGUUGAAAACCCCUGAAAAAGACAGAAGGGAAAAAGACAGAGAGAUUGACCGCUACAGGGACAAACACAAGGACAAGACUCAAACUAAUAAAGCCAACAAAGCAAAGACCAACGAAGUAGAGGCUGAUAAGAUUAAAUCUAAACCGUCACCUGCUGCCAAGGACACUCGACCGAAGGAGAAAAGGCUGGUCAACGAUGAUCUUAUGCAGACAAGUUUCGAGAGAAUGCUGAGUCUCAAAGAUCGUGAGAUCGAACAGUGGCAUCGGAAACACAAAGAAAAGAUUAAGCAAAAGGAAAGGGAAAGGUUGAAGCACAGACCAGGGUUAGAGCUCAGUAAAUUAAAGAACAAAGAGGGACCAAAGAGCUUGCCGGCGGAAUCAUACAGUAGUAAAGAGCUUCUACGGUCUAAAAGCUCAGAGGUGUCUGAAGCUCACAGCCGAGAGAAGCUGUUAAAAGAUCCCACAAGCAAAAGGUCUUUUUCCUUGGAUGCAAAACAUGUGCCAAGUAUUGGAAAAAUCACUCAUGGUCUUGAUAAUAGCUUGACUCGCUCUCCUAGGCCAGAAAGUGAAAAAGCAGGAGUUAUCUCUAGAUCAGUGUCCAUGGUUUCAGUGGCCAGUUCAGAGGAUUCCUGCCAGACUGCAGUGACAACACCUAGGCCAGUAACUGAGUAUGAUUCUGAUUUUACACUUGAAGUCUCAGACUCACAAAUGUCCUUCUCUCAGUCUCAGUUUGUGCCCACUGCCAGAUCACCUAUUAUUCAUGAAAGAGACGCUGAAAGUUUACUUGACGUAUCCCAUCGUCUCAAGCCCCCACUGUCCAGCAAACAGCCUCUAUCUUACCUGAGAUCGAUUUCUAAUGAGGAUGCCAAGACCCAUGCUGCUGAUUGCAGAAAGCUUGGUGAGGAACGCAGGUAUAGCAUAGCAACACCCUCUAAUAAUGAACAUUUAAGACUUUCUGUAGUAGAAAGCAGCUUGGCCCCAACACAAGAAAACCAAAACAGUUUCUUUCCAGUGCCUCCAAGUCUUAGCAGCACCACUUCUACAACAGAAGCACCAGCUGUUGCCAGUGAAGAAAGCUCAUACAUGAGUGUUUCAAGCUGUCGUCCUUCUCUUCCAGCGUCUACCAUGCCAAGCAGCAACGAGCAUAGCAGCUGUGUUGCACUGCAGAGUAGUCCACUGCAUGUAAGCCAUCCAGAAACACAAUCGGAGGGUUAUCACUCAACUGAUAAAGCACUGGAAAAAAACAAUAACACUCAAAUAACCCAAGAUAGGGAAGCUUCCCAAGCUGAAAAAACAUGUGAACAAUUGUCAGAAUGUGCAAAGCAGGAAGGCUCAAACCAUUCAAUGAAUGCAUUGGAAAUGAUAUCUUCUCAAUUGUCCUUACCGUUGCUUCCAAAGGCAUCAUCUGAAAGCAGUAGUGACACACAUGAAGCAUAUGAGUCAACUUCCAGCUUCCAGCGACUUGAGGUCCCCCAAAAAAUUGACCAGGACCAAGCUCCAUUUUCUGAGGAAAGAGACACAGCUUGUGUUCAUCCUGAUGAGGGUACUCAGUUAAGUACAAAUAGUAAAAUUGAGGAGCAAAAUGUAGAAGCAGUAGCAAGCGAUCUGUCUGAAAGCGUAAGACCAUAUUGUCCAAAUAGCCCUGAGCAAGCUAUCGAUCCUUCAUGUUCCAUUGAGCAACAAGUAAGCAAUACCAACAGAGAAAGUUCUGUACAGAAACCAAGUACAUGCUGUGAUGUGUUAAGGAAUACUGAAGAAACUGCCAUGGAGACAGAUAAUGACACUGGCAGGGUGGAAUCUAAAUCAGGUAUUGCAGAACAAGCUGUGGUUGAAAGCUCGGGUACUGCCCAGUCAGACAAAUCUGAAUAUGCUCUGCCUAAGUCCCCAGCUGUCAUUGAGGCUACUUACUCAAGCCUGGAGGAUAAAGCAGGGGAACAUCUUGAUGCAGAAAGCCUGGAAAAAAACCUUGUUCAAGAAAUGCAAGACCUUCUAAAACCGUCUCCAGAUAGUGCUACCCAACCACAUCUUGUACCUGACGUGAAAAUAGAAUUAGUUGAGCAGAUGACGGUAGAUCUAGAAACUGCUGAUGACAAACUAGAACAGCAGGAUGCUUCUCAAAGAGUCACCAGAACUCAAAUAAAUUCACAAGUUGGCAUGAUAAAAGCAGCCUCAGUUGGUUGCCCACAAAUAGCUGAUACAGAUGGUGAUUCAUUAGCUUCCAUCAAAGCAAAAAUAAGGUUAACAGAGGAGGAGGACAUUCAGGUGCCUCACCCACGGAAGAGGAAGAUGUCGAGAGUGCCACAGCCGGUGCAAGCAAACCCUACAGUGCUGCAGGCUAAAGAGAAGACCCAGCAAUCUCUAGCAGAUGUUGUAGACUCAUUAAAGCUUGAUGAAAUUCAGCCAUACGAAUCGGAGCGGGCCAAUCCUUACUAUGAGUUUUUGCAUAUCCGAAAGAAGAUUGAAGAGAAGCAGAAAGUGUUAAGCAGUGUUAUCCCACAAGCGCCACAGUAUUAUGAUGAAUACGUUACUUUCAAUGGAUCGUACCUUCUAGAUGGAAAUCCUUUUAGUAAACUUUGUAUACCAACAAUAACACCGCCUCCUUCAUUGCCUGAACCCCUAAAAGAAAUGUUCAAACAACAGGAGGUUGUCCGAAUGAAGCUGCGUUUGCAACACAGUAUUGAACGGGAGAAACUCAUCGUGUCAAACGAGCAGGAGGUUUUGCGUGUCCAUUAUCGUGCAGCUAGAAUCCUGGCCAACCAGACUCUACCAUUUAGUGCCUGCACUAUUCUUCUUGAUGCAGAGGUUUACAACAUGCCCCAGGACCCUCGGACUGAUGACAGCAAAAUAUCAGUGAGGGAUCGGUUCAAUGCCCGUCAGUUUAUGUCUUGGUUACAUGAUGUUGAUGACAAGUUUGAUAAGCUUAAGACGUGUCUUCUGAUGAGACAGCAGCAUGAAGCAGCAGCACUGAAUGCAGUACAGAGGCUAGAGUGGCAGCUCAAACUACAAGAACUUGAUCCUGCAACAUACAAAUCUAUCAGCAUCUUCGAGAUCCCAGAGUUUUAUGUCCCACUGGUUGACGUCAAUGAUGACUUUGAGUUGACACCCAUAUGACCUUUUUGUGUUUUGUUUCAUUGGGUUUGACUCAAACAGAGCAUCCGUGAGCAAGGGUGUAAGAAAAAUGCUGCACUAAAAACCAAGAGCUGUAGAAAGGAAUAGUUUCCAAUUCAAGAGCACUUAACGCAUCCUGUGGAUUCUUCCAGAGGGUUCAGGUUUUUUUGGAUGCUGAAGAUGGAGUUCAUGUUCUUAACUUAAAAACAGAAAUCCUGUUUCCCAAUCACAGAAUUAUUGACGGUGAACAUUGAGUAUUCUGGAUGUCUAGACAAUGUAAAAGUUAAACAGUAUAAUAUGAGAAUAGAGUUCUAGCUUGCUGUUCUCAGGAAUAGGCACUUACUACAGGGGACUAGAAGCUGGUGCUUGCAGCGCUGGAAGCUGCUGAAUGACACAGAAAAGAAGAAUGGAUGUGUUCUGCAAUAUAAAAGAAUGCUUGCACAUCUAUAAGCAGAUAACUUGAUACAAAGCCUGCUUUAUGGGAUUGUGGGAUACCUUUCGUCUGUAUAGGAACAAUAAGAAAUUUAUUGAAGGUUUUCUUAAAUGUACAGACUGUGCUCUUAAAUUUAUUGUGUUAAUAACUUAUUUUAUACAUAAUAAUUGUGCAUUUGUAAAUAACCAUGUAAUUAUUGUUUUUCAAUUUGUAAAAAAAGAUAAUGAGAUAAAAUAGAUAUUUUGAUUGUAAAAGUGUUUUAAUGGACCAAAGUUGAAGUUUUAAAUUGAGUGUCAUGUGUUCCUGGCUAAUUCUAAAGCAUGUGUUGGAUUUUUUUACUUGUUCCAUUACUGCAGCUGUUUUAGAUUUGUGAUGUGUAUGCUGUGCAUGCAUUACUGGUUUUGACUGUGUCUACAAAGUUGUACUGUGGACUGCAGUGAGGUUUAGAAAACUGUUGUUCCAUGCAUAUUUGCCAUUUGUUCUGUUAUGUGCAUCACAUACUGCAGUUUAAUUUUCAAUUUGUGUAUGUUGACUAACACACAUUUAAAAAAAAAAAAAAAAAAAAAAUGUAAAAUGUUACUUUUAUUACUGUGUGACGUGGAAUAGCAACAAUCUAUUUUUUCAACAUAUUGCCUUUUGAACCUAUUUUAAUAUUUGCUUGUUAAAUGACAUGUACAUAUUUGUAAUAUAUUGUUGAAUACAUUUUAUUGGUCCUCUGCAUUCAGUAUCAAGAUGUUUGUUUUUGUUUUGUUUUUUAAUGGUGAUGUUCAAGUUUUACAUUCGCUACUUUCCUUGGGUUGCCUUUUCAGGAAUCGUAAUAAGUGAACAACUUUCAUUAUGGUAAAACCACAAUAUUGUCACAUAAGAAACAUGUUUAACUCAGUGUGUUACUUAACUGAUUAAAUGAGAUUGUUAUAUA